AUGCUCAAGACGUAUGCCAACUUUCCAGAAGCACCUCAGGAGGAGGCUUCUCUCAGCAAUAGGCUCAAGACGUAUGCCAACUUUCCAGAAGCACCUCAGGAGGAGGCUUCUCUCAGCAAUAGGCUCAAGACGUAUGCCAAAUUUCCAGAAGCACCACAGGAGGAGGCUUCUCUCAGCAAUAGGCUCAAGACGUAUGCCAACUUUCCAGAAGCACCUCAGGAGGAGGCUUCUCUCAGCAAUAGGCUCAAGACGUAUGCCAACUUUCCAGAAGCACCUCAGGAGGAGGCUUCUCUCAGCAAUAGGCUCAAGACGUAUGCCAACUUUCCAGAAGCACCUCAGGAGGAGGCUUCUCUCAGCAAUAGGCUCAAGACGUAUGCCAACUUUCCAGAAGCACCUCAGGAGGAGGCUUCUCUCAGCAAUAGGCUCAAGACGUAUGCCAACUUUCCAGAAGCACCUCAGGAGGAGGCUUCUCUCAGCAAUAGGCUCAAGACGUAUGCCAACUUUCCAGAAGCACCUCAGGAGGAGGCUUCUCUCAGCAAUAGGCUCAAGACGUAUGCCAACUUUCCAGAAGCACCUCAGGAGGAGGCUUCUCUCAGCAAUAGGCUCAAGACGUAUGCCAAAUUUCCAGAAGCACCACAGGAGGAGGCUUCUCUCAGCAAUAGGCUUAAGACGUAUGCCAACUUUCCAGAAGCACCUCAGGAGGAGGCUUCUCUCAGCAAUAGGCUCGAGACGUAUGCCAAAUUUCCAGAAGCACCACAGGAGGAUGCUUCUCUCAGCAAUAGGCUCGAGACGUAUGCCAAAUUUCCAGAAGCACCACAGGAGGAGGCUUCUCUCAGCAAUAGGCUCAAGACGUAUGCCAACUUUCCAGAAGCACCUCAGGAGGAGGCUUCUCUCAGCAAUAGGCUCAAGACGUAUGCCAACUUUCCAGAAGCACCUCAGGAUGAGGCUUCUCUCAGCAAAAGGCUCAAGACGUAUGCCAACUUUCCAGGAGCACCACAGGAGGAGGCUUCUCUCAGCAAUAGGCUCAAGACGUAUGCCAACUUUCCAGGAGCACCACAGGAGGAGGCUUCUCUCAGCAAUAGGCUCAAGACGUAUGCCAACUUUCCAGAAGCACCUCAGGAGGAGGCUUCUCUCAGCAAUAGGCUCAAGACGUAUGCCAACUUUCCAGAAGCACCUCAGGAGGAGGCUUCUCUCAGCAAUAGGCUCAAGACGUAUGCCAACUUUCCAGAAGCACCUCAGGAGGAGGCUUCUCUCAGCAAUAGGCUCAAGACGUAUGCCAACUUUCCAAAAGCACCACAGGAGGAGGCUUCUCUCAGCAAUAGGCUCAAGACGUAUGCCAACGUUCCAGAAGCACCUCAGGAGGAGGCUUCUCUCAGCAAUAGGCUCAAGAUGUAUGCCAACUUUCCAGAAGCACCUCAGGAGGAGGCUUCUCUCAGCAAUAGGCUCAAGACGUAUGCCAAAUUUCCAGAAGCACCACAGGAGGAGGCUUCUCUCAGCAAUAGGCUCAAGACGUAUGCCAACUUUCCAGAAGCACCUCAGGAGGAGGCUUCUCUCAGCAAUAGGCUCAAGACGUAUGCCAACGUUCCAGAAGCACCUCAGGAGGAGGCUUCUCUCAGCAAUAGGCUCAAGACGUAUGCCAACUUUCCAGAAGCACCUCAGGAGGAGGCUUCUCUCAGCAAUAGGCUCAAGACGUAUGCCAACUUUCCAGAAGCACCUCAGGAGGAGGCUUCUCUCAGCAAUAGGCUCAAGACGUAUGCCAACUUUCCAGAAGCACCUCAGGAGGAGGCUUCUCUCAGCAAUAGGCUCAAGACGUAUGCCAACUUUCCAGAAGCACCUCAGGAGGAGGCUUCUCUCAGCAAUAGGCUCAAGACGUAUGCCAACUUUCCAGAAGCACCUCAGGAGGAGGCUUCUCUCAGCAAUAGGCUCAAGACGUAUGCCAACUUUCCAGAAGCACCUCAGGAGGAGGCUUCUCUCAGCAAUAGGCUCAAGACGUAUGCCAACUUUCCAAAAGCACCACAGGAGGAGGCUUCUCUCAGCAAUAGGCUCAAGACGUAUGCCAACUUUCCAGAAGCACCACAGGAGGAGGCUUCUCUCAGCAAUAGGCUCAAGACGUAUGCCAACGUUCCAGAAGCACCUCAGGAGGAGGCUUCUCUCAGCAAUAGGCUCAAGACGUAUGCCAACUUUCCAGAAGCACCUCAGGAGGAGGCUUCUCUCAGCAAUAGGCUCAAGACGUAUGCCAACUUUCCAGAAGCACCUCAGGAGGAGGCUUCUCUCAGCAAUAGGCUCAAGACGUAUGCCAACUUCCCAGAAGCACCUCAGGAGGAGGCUUCUCUCAGCAAUAGGCUCAAGACGUAUGCCAACUUUCCAGAAGCACCUCAGGAGGAGGCUUCUCUCAGCAAUAGGCUCAAGACGUAUGCCAACUUUCCAGAAGCACCUCAGGAGGAGGCUUCUCUCAGCAAUAGGCUCAAGACGUAUGCCAACUUCCCAGAAGCACCUCAGGAGGAGGCUUCUCUCAGCAAUAGGCUCAAGACGUAUGCCAACUUUCCAGAAGCACCUCAGGAGGAGGCUUCUCUCAGCAAUAGGCUCAAGACGUAUGCCAACUUUCCAGAAGCACCUCAGGAGGAGGCUUCUCUCAGCAAUAGGCUCAAGACGUAUGCCAACGUUCCAGAAGCACCUCAGGAGGAGGUUUCUCUCAGCAAUAGGCUCAAGACGUAUGCCAACUUUCCAGGAGCAUCACAGGAGGAGGCUUCUCUCAGCAAUAGGCUCAAGACGUAUGCCAACUUUCCAGAAGCACCUCAGGAGGAGGCUUCUCUCAGCAAUAGGCUCAACACGUAUGCCAACUUUCCAGAAGCACCUCAGGAGGAGGCUUCUCUCAGCAAUAGGCUCAAGACGUAUGCCAACUUCCCAGAAUUACCUCAGGAGGAGGCUUCUCUCAGCAAUAGCGUCAAGACGUAUGCCAACUUCCCAGAAUUACCUCAGGAGGAGGAUUCUCUCAGCAAUAGGCUCAAGACGUAUGCCAACUUUCCAGAAGCACCUCAGGAGGAGGCUUCUCUCAGCAAUAGGCUCAAGACGUAUGCCAACUUUCCAGAAGCACCUCAGGAGGAGGCUUCUCUCAGCAAUAGGGUCAAGAUGUAUGCCAACUUCCCAGAAUUACCUCAGGAGGAGGAUUCUCUCAGCAAUAGCGUCAAGACGUAUGCCAACUUCCCAGAAUUACCUCAGGAGGAGGAUUCUCUCAGCAAUAGGCUCAAGACGUAUGCCAACUUUCCAGAAGCACCUCAGGAGGAGGCUUCUCUCAGCAAUAGGCUCAAGACGUAUGCCAACUUUCCAGAAGCACCUCAGGAGGAGGCUUCUCUCAGCAAUAGGGUCAAGACGUAUGCCAACUUCCCAGAAUUACCUCAGGAGGAGGAUUCUCUCAGCAAUAGGCUCAAGACGUAUGCCAACUUCCCAGAAGCCCCUCAGGAGGAGGCUUCUCUCAGCAAUAGGCUCAAGACGUAUGCCACCUUUCCAGAAGCACCUCAGGAGGAGGCUUCUCUCAGCAAUAGGGUCAAGACGUAUGCCAACUUCCCAGAAUUACCUCAGGAGGAGGAUUCUCUCAGCAAUAGGGUCAAGACGUAUGCCAACUUCCCAGAAUUACCUCAGGAGGAGGAUUCUCUCAGCAAUAGGCUCAAGACGUAUGCCACCUUUCCAGAAGCACCUCAGGAGGAGUCUUCUCUCAGCAAUAGGGUCAAGACGUAUGCCAACUUCCCACAAUUAACUCAGGAGGAGGAUUCUCUCAGCAAUAGGCUCAAGACGUAUGCCAACUUCCCAGAAGCACCUCAGGAGGAGGCUUCUCUCAGCAAUAGGCUCAAGACGUAUGCCAACUUCCCAGAAGCACCUCAGGAGGAGGCUUCUCUCAGCAAUAGGGUCAAGACGUAUGCCAACUUCCCAGAAUUACCUCAGGAGGAGGCUUCUCUCAGCAAUAGGCUCAAGACGUAUGCCAACUUCCCAGAAGCACCUCAGGAGGAGGCUUCUCUCAGCAAUAGGGUCAAGACGUAUGCCAACUUCCCAGAAUUACCUCAGGAGGAGGCUUCUCUCAGCAAUAGGCUCAAGACGUAUGCCAACUUCCCAGAAGCACCUCAGGAGGAGGCUUCUCUCAGCAAUAGGCUCAAGACGUAUGCCACCUUUCCAGAAGCACCGCAGGAGGAGGCUUCUCUCAGCAAUAGGCUCAAGACGUAUGCCACCUUUCCAGAAGCACCUCAGGAGGAGGCUUCUCUCAGCAAUAGGCUCAAGACGUAUGCCACCUUUCCAGAAGCACCUCAGGAGGAGGCUUCUCUCAGCAAUAGGCUCAAGACGUAUGCCACCUUUCCAGAAGCACCUCAGGAGGAGGCUUCUCUCAGCAAUAGGCUCAAGACGUAUGCCACCUUUCCAGAAGCACCUCAGGAGGAGGCUUCUCUCAGCAAUAGGCUCAAGACGUAUGCCACCUUUCCAGAAGCACCUCAGGAGGAGGCUUCUCUCAGCAAUAGGCUCAAGACGUAUGCCACCUUUCCAGAAGCACCUCAGGAGGAGGCUUCUCUCAGCAAUAGGCUCAAGACGUAUGCCACCUUUCCAGAAGCACCUCAGGAGGAGGCUUCUCUCAGCAAUAGGCUCAAGACGUAUGCCACCUUUCCAGAAGCACCUCAGGAGGAGGCUUCUCUCAGCAAUAGGCUCAAGACGUAUGCCACCUUUCAAGAAGCACCUCAGGAGGAGGCUUCUCUCAGCAAUAGGCUCAAGACGUAUGCCACCUUUCCAGAAGCACCUCAGGAGGAGGCUUCUCUCAGCAAUAGGCUCAAGACGUAUGCCACCUUUCCAGAAGCACCUCAGGAGGAGGCUUCUCUCAGCAAUAGGCUCAAGACGUAUGCCACCUUUCCAGAAGCACCUCAGGAGGAGGCUUCUCUCAGCAAUAGGCUCAAGACGUAUGCCACCUUUCCAGAAGCACCUCAGGAGGAGGCUUCUCUCAGCAAUAGGCUCAAGACGUAUGCCACCUUUCCAGAAGCACCUCAGGAGGAGGCUUCUCUCAGCAAUAGGCUCAAGACGUAUGCCACCUUUCCAGAAGCACCUCAGGAGGAGGCUUCUCUCAGCAAUAGGCUCAAGACGUAUGCCACCUUUCCAGAAGCACCUCAGGAGGAGGCUUCUCUCAGCAAUAGGCUCAAGACGUAUGCCACCUUUCCAGAAGCACCUCAGGAGGAGGCUUCUCUCAGCAAUAGGCUCAAGACGUAUGCCACCUUUCCAGAAGCACCUCAGGAGGAGGCUUCUCUCAGCAAUAGGCUCAAGACGUAUGCCACCUUUCCAGAAGCACCUCAGGAGGAGGCUUCUCUCAGCAAUAGGCUCAAGACGUAUGCCACCUUUCAAGAAGCACCUCAGGAGGAGGCUUCUCUCAGCAAUAGGCUCAAGACGUAUGCCACCUUUCCAGAAGCACCUCAGGAGGAGGCUUCUCUCAGCAAUAGGCUCAAGACGUAUGCCACCUUUCCAGAAGCACCUCAGGAGGAGGCUUCUCUCAGCAAUAGGGUCAAGACGUAUGCCAACUUCCCAGAAUUACCUCAGGAGGAGGCUUCUCUCAGCAAUAGGGUCAAGACGUAUGCCAACUUCCCAGAAUUACCUCAGGAGGAGGCUUCUCUCAGCAAUAGGGUCAAGACGUAUGCCAACUUCCCAGAAUUACCUCAGGAGGAGGCUUCUCUCAGCAAUAGGCUCAAGACGUAUGCCAACUUCCCAGAAGCACCUCAGGAGGAGGCUUCUCUCAGCAAUAGGCUCAAGACGUAUGCCAACUUCCCAGAAGCACCUCAGGAGGAGGCUUCUCUCAGCAAUAGGCUCAAGACGUAUGCCACCUUUCCAGAAGCACCUCAGGAGGAGGCUUCUCUCAGCAAUAGGCUCAAGACGUAUGCCACCUUUCCAGAAGCACCGCAGGAGGAGGCUUCUCUCAGCAAUAGGCUCAAGACGUAUGCCACCUUUCCAGAAGCACCUCAGGAGGAGGCUUCUCUCAGCAAUAGGCUCAAGACGUAUGCCACCUUUCCAGAAGCACCUCAGGAGGAGGCUUCUCUCAGCAAUAGGGUCAAGACGUAUGCCAACUUCCCAGAAUUACCUCAGGAGGAGGCUUCUCUCAGCAAUAGGCUCAAGACGUAUGCCACCUUUCCAGAAGCACCUCAGGAGGAGGCUUCUCUCAGCAAUAGGCUCAAGACGUAUGCCACCUUUCCAGAAGCACCUCAGGAGGAGGCUUCUCUCAGCAAUAGGCUCAAGACGUAUGCCACCUUUCCAGAAGCACCUCAGGAGGAGGCUUCUCUCAGCAAUAGGGUCAAGACGUAUGCCAACUUCCCAGAAUUACCUCAGGAGGAGGCUUCUCUCAGCAAAAGGCUCAAGACGUAUGCCACCUUUCCAGAAGCACCGCAGGAGGAGGCUUCUCUCAGCAAUAGGCUCAAGACGUAUGCCACCUUUCCAGAAGCACCUCAGGAGGAGGCUUCUCUCAGCAAUAGGCUCAAGACGUAUGCCACCUUUCCAGAAGCACCUCAGGAGGAGGCUUCUCUCAGCAAUAGGCUCAAGACGUAUGCCACCUUUCCAGAAGCACCUCAGGAGGAGGCUUCUCUCAGCAAUAGGCUCAAGACGUAUGCCACCUUUCCAGAAGCACCUCAGGAGGAGGCUUCUCUCAGCAAUAGGCUCAAGACGUAUGCCACCUUUCCAGAAGCACCUCAGGAGGAGGCUUCUCUCAGCAAUAGGCUCAAGACGUAUGCCACCCUUCCAGAAGCACAUCAGGAGGAGGCUUCUCUCAGCAAUAGGGUCAAGACGUAUGCCAACUUCCCAGAAUUACCUCAGGAGGAGGAUUCUCUCAGCAAUAGGCUCAAGACGUAUGCCAACUUCACAGAAGCACCUCAGGAGGAGGCUUCUCUCAGCAAUAGGCUCAAGACGUAUGCCACCCUUCCAGAAGCACAUCAGGAGGAGGCUUCUCUCAGCAAUAGGGUCAAGACGUAUGCCAACUUCCCAGAAUUACCUCAGGAGGAGGAUUCUCUCAGCAAUAGGCUCAAGACGUAUGCCAACUUCACAGAAGCACCUCAGGAGGAGGCUUCUCUCAGCAAUAGGCUCAAGACGUAUGCCACCUUUCCAGAAGCACCUCAGGAGGAGGCUUCUCUCAGCAAUAGGCUCAAGACGUAUGCCACCUUUCCAGAAGCACAUCAGGAGGAGGCUUCUCUCAGCAAUAGGGUCAAGACGUAUGCCAACUUCCCAGAAUUACCUCAGGAGGAGGAUUCUCUCAGCAAUAGGCUCAAGACGUAUACCAACUUCCCAGAAGCACCUCAGGAGGAGGCUUCUCUCAGCAAUAGGGUCAAGACGUAUGCCAACUUCCCAGAAUUACCUCAGGAGGAGUAUUCUCUCAGCAUUAGGCUCAAGACUUAUGCCACCUUUCCAGAAGCACCGCAGGAGGAGGCUUCUCUCAGCAAUAGGCUCAAGACUUAUGCCACCUUUCCGGAAGCACCGCAGGAGGAGGCUUCUCUCAGCAAUAGGCUCAAGACGUAUGCCACCUUUCCAGAAGCACCUCAGGAGGAGGCUUCUCUCAGCAAUAGGCUCAAGACGUAUGCCACCUUUCCAGAAGCACCGCAGGAGGAGGCUUCUCUCAGCAAUAGGCUCAAGACGUAUGCCACCUUUCCAGAAGCACCGCAGGAGGAGGCUUCUCUCAGCAAUAGGCUCAAGACGUAUGCCACCUUUCCAGAAGCACCUCAGGAGGAGGCUUCUCUCAGCAAUAGGCUCAAGACGUAUGCCAACUUCCCAGAAGCACCUCAGGAGGAGGCUUCUCUCAGCAAUAUGCUCAAGACGUAUGCCACCUUUCCAGAAGCACCUCAGGAGGAGGCUUCUCUCAGCAAUAGGCUCAAGACGUAUGCCACCUUUCCAGAAGCACCUCAGGAGGAGGCUUCUCUCAGCAAUAGGCUCAAGACGUAUGCCACCUUUCCAGAAGCACCUCAGGAGGAGGCUUCUCUCAGCAAUAGGCUCAAGACGUAUGCCACCUUUCCAGAAGCACCUCAGGAGGAGGCUUCUCUCAGCAAUAGGCUCAAGACGUAUGCCACCUUUCCAGAAGCACCUCAGGAGGAGGCUUCUCUCAGCAAUAGGCUCAAGACGUAUGCCAACUUCCCAGAAGCACCUCAGGAGGAGGCUUCUCUCAGCAAUAUGCUCAAGACGUAUGCCACCUUUCCAGAAGCACCUCAGGAGGAGGCUUCUCUCAGCAAUAGGCUCAAGACGUAUGCCACCUUUCCAGAAGCACCUCAGGAGGAGGCUUCUCUCAGCAAUAGGCUCAAGACGUAUGCCACCUUUCCAGAAGCACCUCAGGAGGAGGCUUCUCUCAGCAAUAGGCUCAAGACGUAUGCCACCUUUCCAGAAGCACCUCAGGAGGAGGCUUCUCUCAGCAAUAGGCUCAAGACGUAUGCCACCUUUCCAGAAGCACCUCAGGAGGAGGCUUCUCUCAGCAAUAGGCUCAAGACGUAUGCCACCUUUCCAGAAGCACCUCAGGAGGAGGCUUCUCUCAGCAAUAGGCUCAAGACGUAUGCCACCUUUCCAGAAGCACCUCAGGAGGAGGCUUCUCUCAGCAAUAGGCUCAAGACGUAUGCCACCUUUCCAGAAGCACAUCAGGAGGAGGCUUCUCUCAGCAAUAGGGUCAAGACGUAUGCCAACUUCCCAGAAUUACCUCAGGAGGAGGAUUCUCUCAGCAAUAGGGUCAAGACGUAUGCCAACUUCCCAGAAUUACCUCAGGAGGAGGAUUCUCUCAGCAAUAGGGUCAAGACGUAUGCCAACUUCCCAGAAUUACCUCAGGAGGAGGAUUCUCUCAGCAAUAGGCUCAAGACGUAUACCAACUUCCCAGAAGCACCUCAGGAGGAGGCUUCUCUCAGCAAUAGGGUCAAGACGUAUGCCAACUUCCCAGAAUUACCUCAGGAGGAGUAUUCUCUCAGCAUUAGGCUCAAGACGUAUGCCACCUUUCCAGAAGCACCGCAGGAGGAGGCUUCUCUCAGCAAUAGGCUCAAGACGUAUGCCACCUUUCCAGAAGCACCGCAGGAGGAGGCUUCUCUCAGCAAUAGGCUCAAGACUUAUGCCACCUUUCCAGAAGCACCGCAGGAGGAGGCUUCUCUCAGCAAUAGGCUCAAGACUUAUGCCACCUUUCCAGAAGCACCGCAGGAGGAGGCUUCUCUCAGCAAUAGGCUCAAGACGUAUGCCACCUUUCCAGAAGCACCGCAGGAGGAGGCUUCUCUCAGCAAUAGGCUCAAGACGUAUGCCAACUUCCCAGAAGCACCUCAGGAGGAGGCUUCUCUCAGCAAUAGGGUCAAGACGUAUGCCAACUUCCCAGAAUUACCUCAGGAGGAGGAUUCUCUCAGCAAUAGGCUCAAGACUUAUGCCACCUUUCCAGAAGCACCGCAGGAGGAGGCUUCUCUCAGCAAUAGGCUCAAGACGUAUGCCACCUUUCCAGAAGCACCGCAGGAGGAGGCUUCUCUCAGCAAUAGGCUCAAGACGUAUGCCAACUUCCCAGAAGCACCUCAGGAGGAGGCUUCUCUCAGCAAUAGGGUCAAGACGUAUGCCAACUUCCCAGAAUUACCUCAGGAGGAGGAUUCUCUCAGCAAUAGGGUCAAGACGUAUGCCAACUUCCCAGAAUUACCUCAGGAGCAGGAUUCUCUCAGCAAUAGGGUCAAGACGUAUGCCAACUUCCCAGAAUUACCUCAGGAGGAGGAUUCUCUCAGCAAUAGGCUCAAGACGUAUGCCAACUUCCCAGAAGCACCUCAGGAGGAGGCUUCUCUCAGCAAUAGGGUCAAGACGUAUGCCAACUUCCCAGAAUUACCUCAGGAGGAGGAUUCUCUCAGCAAUAGGGUCAAGACGUAUGCCAACUUCCCAGAAUUACCUCAGGAGCAGGAUUCUCUCAGCAAUAGGGUCAAGACGUAUGCCAACUUCCCAGAAUUACCUCAGGAGGAGGAUUCUCUCAGCAAUAGGCUCAAGACGUAUGCCAACUUCCCAGAAGCACCUCAGGAGGAGGCUUCUCUCAGCAAUAGGGUCAAGACGUAUGCCAACUUCCCAGAAUUACCUCAGGAGGAGGAUUCUCUCAGCAAUAGGGUCAAGACGUAUGCCAACUUCCCAGAAUUACCUCAGGAGCAGGAUUCUCUCAGCAAUAGGGUCAAGACGUAUGCCAACUUCCCAGAAUUACCUCAGGAGGAGGAUUCUCUCAGCAAUAGGCUCAAGACGUAUGCCACCUUUCCAGAAGCACCGCAGGAGGAGGCUUCUCUCAGCAAUAGGCUCAAGACGUAUGCCACCUUUCCAGAAGCACCGCAGGAGGAGGCUUCUCUCAGCAAUAGGCUCAAGACGUAUGCCACCUUUCCAGAAGCACCUCAGGAGGAGGUUUCUCUCAGCAAUAGGAUCAAGACGUAUGCCAACUUCCCAGAAUUACCUCAGGAGGAGGAUUCUCUCAGCAAUAGGGUCAAGACGUAUGCCAACUUCCCAGAAUUAACUCAGGAGGAGGAUUCUCUCAGCAAUAGGGUCAAGACGUAUGCCAACUUCCCAGAAUUACCUCAGGAGGAGGAUUCUCUCAGCAAUAGGGUCAAGACGUAUGCCAACUUCCCAGAAUUACCUCAGGAGGAGGAUUCUCUCAGCAAUAGGCUCAAGACGUAUGCCACCUUUCCAGAAGCACAUCAGGAGGAGGCUUCUCUCAGCAAUAGGCUCAAGACGUAUGCCAACUUCACAGAAGCACCUCAGGAGGAGGCUUCUCUCAGCAAUAGGGUCAAGACGUAUGCCAACUUCCCAGAAUUACCUCAGGAGGAGGAUUCUCUCAGCAAUAGGCUCAAGACGUAUGCCAACUUCCCAGAAGCACCUCAGGAGGAGGCUUCUCUCAGCAAUAGGGUCAAGACGUAUGCCAACUUCCCAGAAUUACCUCAGGAGGAGGAUUCUCUCAGCAAUAGGCUCAAGACGUAUACCAACUUCCCAGAAGCACCUCAGGAGGAGGCUUCUCUCAGCAAUAGGCUCAAGACGUAUACCAACUUCCCAGAAGCACCUCAGGAGGAGGCUUCUCUCAGCAAUAGGGUCAAGACGUAUGCCAACUUCCCAGAAUUACCUCAGGAGGAGUAUUCUCUCAGCAUUAGGCUCAAGACGUAUGCCACCUUUCCAGAAGCACCGCAGGAGGAGGCUUCUCUCAGCAAUAGGCUCAAGACGUAUGCCACCUUUCCAGAAGCACCGCAGGAGGAGGCUUCUCUCAGCAAUAGGCUCAAGACGUAUGCCACCUUUCCAGAAGCACCGCAGGAGGAGGCUUCUCUCAGCAAUAGGCUCAAGACGUAUGCCACCUUUCCAGAAGCACCGCAGGAGGAGGCUUCUCUCAGCAAUAGGCUCAAGACGUAUGCCACCUUUCCAGAAGCACCGCAGGAGGAGGCUUCUCUCAGCAAUAGGCUCAAGACGUAUGCCACCUUUCCAGAAGCACCGCAGGAGGAGGCUUCUCUCAGCAAUAGGCUCAAGACGUAUGCCACCUUUCCAGAAGCACCGCAGGAGGAGGCUUCUCUCAGCAAUAGGCUCAAGACGUAUGCCACCUUUCCAGAAGCACCGCAGGAGGAGGCUUCUCUCAGCAAUAGGCUCAAGACGUAUGCCACCUUUCCAGAAGCACCGCAGGAGGAGGCUUCUCUCAGCAAUAGGCUCAAGACGUAUGCCACCUUUCCAGAAGCACCGCAGGAGGAGGCUUCUCUCAGCAAUAGGCUCAAGACGUAUGCCAACUUCCCAGAAGCACCUCAGGAGGAGGCUUCUCUCAGCAAUAGGGUCAAGACGUAUGCCAACUUCCCAGAAUUACCUCAGGAGGAGGAUUCUCUCAGCAAUAGGGUCAAGACGUAUGCCAACUUCCCAGAAUUACCUCAGGAGGAGGAUUCUCUCAGCAAUAGGCUCAAGACGUAUACCAACUUCCCAGAAGCACCUCAGGAGGAGGCUUCUCUCAGCAAUAGGGUCAAGACGUAUGCGAACUUCCCAGAAUUACCUCAGGAGGAGGAUUCUCUCAGCAAUAGGCUCAAGACGUAUGCCACCUUUCCAGAAGCACCGCAGGAGGAGGCUUCUCUCAGCAAUAGGCUCAAGACGUAUGCCACCUUUCCAGAAGCACCGCAGGAGGAGGCUUCUCUCAGCAAUAGGCUCAAGACGUAUGCCAACUUCCCAGAAGCACCUCAGGAGGAGGCUUCUCUCAGCAAUAGGGUCAAGACGUAUGCCAACUUCCCAGAAUUACCUCAGGAGGAGGAUUCUCUCAGCAAUAGGCUCAAGACGUAUACCAACUUCCCAGAAGCACCUCAGGAGGAGGCUUCUCUCAGCAAUAGGGUCAAGACGUAUGCCAACUUCCCAGAAUUACCUCAGGAGGAGGAUUCUCUCAGCAAUAGGCUCAAGACGUAUACCAACUUCCCAGAAGCACCUCAGGAGGAGGCUUCUCUCAGCAAUAGGGUCAAGACGUAUGCCAACUUCCCAGAAUUACCUCAGGAGGAGGAUUCUCUCAGCAAUAGGCUCAAGACGUAUACCAACUUCCCAGAAGCACCUCAGGAGGAGGCUUCUCUCAGCAAUAGGGUCAAGACGUAUGCCAACUUCCCAGAAUUACCUCAGGAGGAGGAUUCUCUCAGCAAUAGGCUCAAGACGUAUACCAACUUCCCAGAAGCACCUCAGGAGGAGGCUUCUCUCAGCAAUAGGGUCAAGACGUAUGCCAACUUCCCAGAAUUACCUCAGGAGGAGGAUUCUCUCAGCAAUAGGCUCAAGACGUAUGCCACCUUUCCAGAAGCACCGCAGGAGGAGGCUUCUCUCAGCAAUAGGCUCAAGACGUAUGCCACCUUUCCAGAAGCACCUCAGGAGGAGGCUUCUCUCAGCAAUAGGGUCAAGACGUAUGCCAACUUCCCAGAAUUACCUCAGGAGGAGGCUUCUCUCAGCAAUAGGCUCAAGACGUAUGCCACCUUUCCAGAAGCACCUCAGGAGGAGGCUUCUCUCAGCAAUAGGGUCAAGACGUAUGCCAACUUCCCAGAAUUACCUCAGGAGGAGGCUUCUCUCAGCAAUAGGCUCAAGACGUAUGCCAACUUCACAGAAGCACCUCAGGAGGAGGCUUCUCUCAGCAAUAGGCUCAAGACGUAUGCCAACUUCCCAGAAGCACCUCAGGAGGAGGCUUCUCUCAGCAAUAGGGUCAAGACGUAUGCCAACUUCCCAGAAUUACCUCAGGAGGAGGAUUCUCUCAGCAAUAGGCUCAAGACGUAUGCCAACUUCCCAGAAUUAACUCAGGAGGAGGAUUCUCUCAGCAAUAGGCUCAAGACGUAUGCCAACUUCCCAGAAGCACCUCAGGAGGAGGCUUCUCUCAGCAAUAGGGUGAAGACGUAUGCCAACUUCCCAGAAUUACCUCAGGAGGAGGAUUCUCUCAGCAAUAGGGUCAAGACGUAUGCCAACUUCCCAGAAUUACCUCAGGAGGAGGAUUCUCUCAGCAAUAGGCUCAAGACGUAUGCCAACUUCCCAGAAGCACCUCAGGAGGAGGCUUCUCUCAGCAAUAGGGUCAAGACGUAUGCCAACUUCCCAGAAUUACCUCAGGAGGAGGAUUCUCUCAGCAAUAGGCUCAAGACGUAUGCCAACUUCCCAGAAGCACCUCAGGAGGAGGCUUCUCUCAGCAAUAGGGUCAAGACGUAUGCCAACUUCCCAGAAUUACCUCAGGAGGAGGAUUCUCUCAGCAAUAGGCUCAAGACGUAUGCCAACUUCCCAGAAGCACCUCAGGAGGAGGCUUCUCUCAGCAAUAGGGUCAAGACGUAUGCCAACUUCCCAGAAUUACCUCAGGAGGAGGAUUCUCUCAGCAAUAGGCUCAAGACGUAUGCCAACUUCCCAGAAGCACCUCAGGAGGAGGCUUCUCUCAGCAAUAGGGUCAAGACGUAUGCCAACUUCCCAGAAUUACCUCAGGAGGAGGAUUCUCUCAGCAAUAGGCUCAAGACGUAUGCCAACUUCCCAGAAGCACCUCAGGAGGAGGCUUCUCUCAGCAAUAGGGUCAAGACGUAUGCCAACUUCCCAGAAUUACCUCAGGAGGAGGAUUCUCUCAGCAAUAGGCUCAAGACGUAUGCCAACUUCCCAGAAGCACCUCAGGAGGAGGCUUCUCUCAGCAAUAGGGUCAAGACGUAUGCCAACUUCCCAGAAUUACCUCAGGAGGAGGAUUCUCUCAGCAAUAGGCUCAAGACGUAUGCCAACUUCCCAGAAGCACCUCAGGAGGAGGCUUCUCUCAGCAAUAGGGUCAAGACGUAUGCCAACUUCCCAGAAUUACCUCAGGAGGAGGAUUCUCUCAGCAAUAGGCUCAAGACGUAUGCCAACUUCCCAGAAGCACCUCAGGAGGAGGCUUCUCUCAGCAAUAGGGUCAAGACGUAUGCCAACUUCCCAGAAUUACCUCAGGAGGAGGAUUCUCUCAGCAAUAGGCUCAAGACGUAUGCCAACUUCCCAGAAGCACCUCAGGAGGAGGCUUCUCUCAGCAAUAGGGUCAAGACGUAUGCCAACUUCCCAGAAUUACCUCAGGAGGAGGAUUCUCUCAGCAAUAGGCUCAAGACGUAUGCCAACUUCCCAGAAGCACCUCAGGAGGAGGCUUCUCUCAGCAAUAGGGUCAAGACGUAUGCCAACUUCCCAGAAUUACCUCAGGAGGAGGAUUCUCUCAGCAAUAGGCUCAAGACGUAUGCCAACUUCCCAGAAGCACCUCAGGAGGAGGCUUCUCUCAGCAAUAGGGUCAAGACGUAUGCCAACUUCCCAGAAUUACCUCAGGAGGAGGAUUCUCUCAGCAAUAGGCUCAAGACGUAUGCCAACUUCCCAGAAGCACCUCAGGAGGAGGCUUCUCUCAGCAAUAGGGUGAAGACGUAUGCCAACUUCCCAGAAUUACCUCAGGAGGAGGAUUCUCUCAGCAAUAGGCUCAAGACGUAUGCCAACUUCCCAGAAGCACCUCAGGAGGAGGCUUCUCUCAGCAAUAGGGUCAAGACGUAUGCCAACUUCCCAGAAUUACCUCAGGAGGAGGAUUCUCUCAGCAAUAGGGUCAAGACGUAUGCCAACUUCCCAGAAUUAACUCAGGAGGAGGAUUCUCUCAGCAAUAGGGUGAAGACGUAUGCCAACUUCCCAGAAUUACCUCAGGAGGAGGAUUCUCUCAGCAAUAGGCUCAAGACGUAUGCCAACUUCCCAGAAGCACCUCAGGAGGAGGCUUCUCUCAGCAAUAGGCUCAAGACGUAUGCCAACUUCCCAGAAGCACCUCAGGAGGAGGCUUCUCUCAGCAAUAGGGUCAAGACGUAUGCCAACUUCCCAGAAUUACCUCAGGAGGAGGAUUCUCUCAGCAAUAGGGUCAAGACGUAUGCCAACUUCCCAGAAUUAACUCAGGAGGAGGAUUCUCUCAGCAAUAGGCUCAAGACGUAUGCCAACUUCCCAGAGGCACCUCAGGAGGAGGCUUCUCUCAGCAAUAGGGUGAAGACGUAUGCCAACUUCCCAGAAUUACCUCAGGAGGAGGAUUCUCUCAGCAAUAGGCUCAAGACGUAUGCCAACUUCCCAGAAGCACCUCAGGAGGAGGCUUCUCUCAGCAAUAGGGUCAAGACGUAUGCCAACUUCCCAGAAUUACCUCAGGAGGAGGAUUCUCUCAGCAAUAGGGUCAAGACGUAUGCCAACUUCCCAGAAUUACCUCAGGAGGAGGAUUCUCUCAGCAAUAGGGUCAAGACGUAUGCCAACUUCCCAGAAUUACCUCAGGAGGAGGCUUCUCUCAGCAAUAGGCUCAAGACGUAUGCCAACUUCCCAGAAGCACCUCAGGAGGAGGCUUCUCUCAGCAAUAGGCUCAAGACGUAUGCCAACUUCCCAGAAGCACCUCAGGAGGAGGCUUCUCUCAGCAAUAGGGUGAAGACGUAUGCCAACUUCCCAGAAUUACCUCAGGAGGAGGAUUCUCUCAGCAAUAGGCUCAAGACGUAUGCCAACUUCCCAGAAGCACCUCAGGAGGAGGAUUCUCUCAGCAAUAGGCUCAAGACGUAUGCCAACUUCCCAGAAGCACCUCAGGAGGAGGCUUCUCUCAGCAAUAGGGUCAAGACGUAUGCCAACUUCCCAGAAUUACCUCAGGAGGAGGAUUCUCUCAGCAAUAGGCUCAAGACGUAUGCCAACUUCCCAGAGGCACCUCAGGAGGAGGCUUCUCUCAGCAAUAGGGUGAAGACGUAUGCCAACUUCCCAGAAUUACCUCAGGAGGAGGAUUCUCUCAGCAAUAGGCUCAAGACGUAUGCCAACUUCCCAGAAGCACCUCAGGAGGAGGCUUCUCUCAGCAAUAGGGUCAAGACGUAUGCCAACUUCCCAGAAUUACCUCAGGAGGAGGAUUCUCUCAGCAAUAGGGUCAAGACGUAUGCCAACUUCCCAGAAUUACCUCAGGAGGAGGAUUCUCUCAGCAAUAGGGUCAAGACGUAUGCCAACUUCCCAGAAUUACCUCAGGAGGAGGCUUCUCUCAGCAAUAGGCUCAAGACGUAUGCCAACUUCCCAGAAGCACCUCAGGAGGAGGCUUCUCUCAGCAAUAGGGUCAAGACGUAUGCCAACUUCCCAGAAUUACCUCAGGAGGAGGCUUCUCUCAGCAAUAGGCUCAAGACGUAUGCCAACUUCCCAGAAGCACCUCAGGAGGAGGCUUCUCUCAGCAAUAGGGUCAAGACGUAUGCCAACUUCCCAGAAUUACCUCAGGAGGAGGAUUCUCUCAGCAAUAG